AUGGUUACCUUUGUUGAAAGACUAGUGUCAAAUACUGUCUUAAAGCCGAAGAAGAAGCUUCUACCCAUUGCACAGAACUUGCGAAGAACAACUAAACCAGGCGGCGAAACGGGGUUGAAAGGGGAUGCCUUUGUCAAUGCAGAACAGAUGCCCGAGAUUACUAUAGAGGGCAAAAAGGUCCCAUUGAAUGAAGUUGUGUGUCUUACUUUAGGAGAACAACUUGAUAUCGACACUAUAAGGCAACUUGUUCUCAAAGAAGCCGGGGUUGACUCCUCUGAUGCUGCUGCUGAUCAUCUUCAAAGCGAUAUAGUGUCGAUAGUAGGAGAUGAAUGUCUUUUGAUACCCAGAAUAGGAUACGAGUUAAUGGUUUUACUGAAUGGAAGUGUAGUAGGUUGGGGACAUCCCAAAGUAUCGGAAAAGCAGAUUCUUGAAGAUCCACUAGUGGAGCAUUUGAAGAGAGGCACUGGCUUUGAAUUAAGUGAACCUUACGAGACCAUUGAAAGUGACGAGCUUGAUUAUGUUGAAUUGAACGAAGUGCCAAAACUUUCAUCAUCAUCAUCAUCAUCUUAUUUACAAGGAGAAGUAUUUGUUGUACAAGGGAUUGACACCACCCAGAGAAACUUGGAUAAAGCAGCUUUUGCUAUGGGGUUUUCUCGGUCAACAAGAUUGGCUAUUUUGGAGAAUGCUCUUGAUAAACAUCUCCAGAGUACUCGAGCCAAUAGUGAGAGAAUGAGUCGUGGAAUGAAGAUAGACACCAAUGAAGGGGAAUUGUUACGUUUAACAGGAAGAUUAUUUCUUUUGAGAGGAAAAUUGAAUUUAUACAGUGAAUUAAUUGAAGUACCAGAUUUAUAUUGGACUGAACCAACCUUAGAAGUCAUUUACGAGGACGUUUCAAAGAUAUUGGAUAUAUCCACAAGGAUUAGUAUUCUUAAUAGAAAGUUGGAUUAUGCCACGGAUGAACAAAGGGCAUUUCUUGGGGUGUUAAAUGAGAAGAAAGGUACCCGUUUAGAGUGGAUCAUUAUCAUUUUAAUUACUGUUGAAGUUGGUUUUGAAAUAUUGAGAAUGGUCAAACCUGAGACACAGAAUCAUGAUAUUCUGGAAGCAAAGUUAAAGGAAGCAUUGUAG